UCUCAAUAUGUUUCGAUCAUACCAAAAAAGUUCAAGCAGAGGGUCCUCUAUUAGGUCAAAUAGGAGGAAUAUAGGAAUGUCGAUUGGUAACCCAGGCCAAAGAGGAAUGUCAAGGGAUUAUAAAACUCAUAAUAGAAAGUUAAAUAAUACACAGAACCAUAACUCAUCCGUAGCUCUAGACAAAGUAAACUCUCUGAGUAAAGUGAACAGUAGUUUUAUGGAAGAGAAUAAACUACCAGUCCUUGGAUUGAGAAAAUAUAUGAUUGAUACAUCAUUUGAUCCCAAUAAACCAAUAAACCCCUUCAAUGUGAACAGAAAUACUGAGAAGUUACUUAUGAACAGAGAAAGAGAAAGACUCAAGGAGAGAGUCAUGCGAGAGCAUCGGAAGGGAGCCAAAGUUCAUCAAAAGACUAUUGCCGGCCGUACUAACAGAGCAGGUGUUAUUCGACAGAUCAAUAUGGUCGGUACCAAUAGCACCACUUCACAAGACAACAAAGACAUAAGAGAGAACUUCCGGGAUUUUAAAUAAAGCUAGUGCAGUUCAAGAUGGAGAGCAAACUUCUAUGGUUCAAAAGGCUAAUAUAUUCGAUAUGACAGAGGCAGAUCUUGAAAAUUUUGCGAAUGGAAAGUACACCGGGCCUACUGACCAAAAAGCAAUCCAAAGCAAGGAUCAGGCCUCUCGACAAAGAAGGGCUAGUAGUAGCAGACCUCCAGAGCUAGAGUCCUUAUCUGACAACCAGCUUGAGCUGCAUAUCUCGAAUAAGGAUUAUUUACAGAGAGUUCCCAAAACCUUCAAUAACCAAAAAGAAUCAAUCCGUGACUUUAUAAACCACGGUCGUGAGAUUCUCAUUACCCAAAUCACCAUCAACGACAAGAUAGAAGAGACUAAGCAUCUUCAAGAAUUCAUUGAGAGUGAAGAAGAGCAGCUAAAGGAAGGCAGGAGAUUAUUUGAAGAAGAUAAGCAGAAGUUUAUGAAGUACUUAGAGAACCAAGAGAAUCAGACCAACCAGGCUAGCUUAGAGAGUAAAUAAACUUGCUGAGCAAAAGCAGAGACUUAUGGAUGAAAUCCUCGAACUCAACAAGAAAAUGAAUGAAACAGAUACAGAAAUGCGGAAGGUAGAAGACCUUCUCAAUGAGUUUAAAGAAUGCAAGGACUUCAUAGAUAAGUUAGCCGAGUUCAGAAGUGUCAGGAACGAAAGCGAAGAAGUAUCAGAUACAGGAAAUGCCCCUAACACUUUCCUCACACAGAAAGAAAACGGCUCUGAGCCCUCUAACUCAUCAGUCUCUGACGAAUCCCAUGUAAAUGAGUUCAACUACGAAAGAAGGAUCGGGUUUGACAAGGAAAAACUUCUAGCCCUGUUCCAAGACAUUGAGGAAAAAUAACUUGUUCCUCAUAAACAAUAUUCAGGACGAAGAGCAGAUCCUAGAGUACAUCUACAAGAACAAGUCAUUCUUAAUAACCCGCAAGAAGGCUGAAAUAGAUAACGUCAAGAAGAACAUCGAGAUCACGACUUCUACGAUAAAAACCCUACUUUCAGGGAUGGAGCCACUAGAGAGAAAACCCAAGAUUGCUAAAGAAAAAGAAGAGGAAAGGAAAGACAAGAAGAAAGUUGAAGACCCGGAAGAGAUCAGGAAGAGAGAAAUCAAUGAACGAAGAAUCAAGGAAAAAUCUUUAGUUUAUGGGUCAAAGGGGCCUAAUAAAUCACUCAAAGCUGAAGAAAUCGAACUUCUUAGCCUUAUAGAGUAUAGAAUGUAUAUGGAGAGGACAAAUAAAGCAUUGCUUGAUAAAGUUGAGUAUGAGAUUAACCAAGAAAGAAAAGCACUCAAUCAUAUCAGGAAUAAAAACCUUGAUAUUGAAAAAGCUAAUAGAAAGAAACAAAAGAAUCUUCAGAAACUUGAAGAAUUCGAAAAUAUGAAAAUCUUUAGAGGACGUCCAAUGAUGAAGAGGAUGGGCAAGGAAGAGAUUAAAGAAAAUGUGCAGAAAAGGAACCUCAAGGAUGAAAUCCAUGAAGAUUAUAAGCGCUAUGUGGCAGGUUCUUAA